AUGUUAUUCCCGUGGUUUGUCUUGUGUAUGUUUAUAGUGAGAACAGAAUGUGUAUUCAAAUAUGAUUUAGGAAGCGAUCAUGCGUUGUGGCAUUUAGAAAAUAAUAACCACUCCAUAUCAGUAGCAGCCUCAGUGCCUGGUGGAGUGUACAGUGAUUUACAGAAAGCUGGCAUUAUUGAUGAUAUAUUAUCUGAUGACAAUGAUGUCUUCACACGCUGGGUCGCUUACGACUCUUGGACUUAUACAGCGAGAUUUAAUAUAAGCGAAGGAAAUUUAAGAAGUAAUGUCGUUCGUUUGGUUCUGGAGGGAGUAGACACUGUGUCGUUUAUUGAAAUGAAUGGAAGUCCUAUUGGAUCUACAAAUAAUAUGUUCGUUAAAUACGUAUUUGAUGUUAAACAGCAUAUUAAGGCAGGUGAAAAUGAACUAAAAUUUGUAUUCGAAUCUCCUAUCGAAUACUCGAAGACCCGGUCGAAUAAUAAUUUCAUAGCACCAGAUUGUGUUCCGAGUGUAUAUAAUGGGGAAUGUCACGCGAAUCAGAUUAGGAAGAUGCAGGCUUCCUUUGGUUGGGACUGGGGACCAGCAUUUCCUUCUGUGGGCAUUUGGCGACCAAUAUAUUUGGAAUGUUUCAACGCUGCCAUAAUCACAUCAUUAACAACACACACAAAAAAGACGCAACGUUCGUGGUCUUUAGAUAUAAGAGUAUAUUUGGAAAGCGGUGACAAUAUCAGACAUGUUGAAGGCUAUCUUUCAGCGUAUUUGACUGUGGAGGGCCAUCAAAAGAUUAAAGUUGAAAGAUAUGUUAAUCAAACCACAAGGAACGAUGGGAGCAUUGAAGUGGAUAUUAAUAUGACAGUUAGCACGAAUGUGAUAAGAGAAUGGUGGCCAAAUGGUUUCGGCGAUCAGCCUUUGUACGAUCUCCUAACUGUAUUUUCAACUCACGACGGAGAUGACAAUAGAGAAGUGUCUUAUAAGAACGUAAAAAUCGGCUUCCGAACGUUGGAGAUUGUGGAAGAAGACGCAUCUUUAUUAUUAGGUAAUACUACUGCCGGUCAGGGUUUAACAUUUUUCUUUAAGGUCAACGGCUACCCGAUAUUUAUGAAAGGAUCCAAUUUGAUACCAAUGAACGUGCUUCCAGAGAUAGUGGACAAGAGACAAAUCGACAUGCUUCUCUCUGCUGCUGUCGAAGCGCACAUGUCAAUGUUAAGAGUAUGGGGAGGUGGUUUAUAUGAAUCAGAUUACUUCUAUCAGCGAUGUGAUGAACUUGGUAUAUUGGUGUGGCAAGACUUUCUAUUUGCUUGCUCUAUGUACCCAAUAGAUCGAGAGUUUAUAAAUACCGUGAAAAUCGAAAUAGAACAAAACGUGCUUCGUCUUCAGCACCAUCCCUCGAUAGCGGUGUGGGCGGGAAACAAUGAAAACGAAGCCGCUUUGAUUGGAAAUUGGUACCAUACAUCAUCAGAAAUUGAGAAGUACAAAGCAGAGUAUGUGCAUUUAUACGUAGAUGUUAUUAAACCUAUAGUAAACAAUAUAGAUCCAGGAAGACGAUAUCUUGUGUCGAGUCCGUCAAAUGGUAUCAAAUCGGAGGAAGAAGGUUACAUAUCUAAAAACCCCUACGAUCCACAUUACGGUGACACACACUAUUACAAUUAUUUAGCCGACAAUUGGAACUUCAAUAUAUAUCCGAAAACAAGAUUCGCUUCAGAAUACGGAUUCCAAUCGCUACCAUCUCUGAAAACAAUGAGGAUGGCCACAAAUAAGUCCAGCGAUUUUAAUGUGAAUAGCAAUUACUCUUACCAUCGACAGCACAGUCCGAGCGGAUACUCCUUUAUAAAAAAUCAAAUGAACGCACGCCUGAAACUUGAUGAGAAUGAUCCUAAAUAUUUUGAAAAGUUUAUUUACUACAGUCAGAUAUCACAAGCCAUGUCUAUGAAAGUUGAGACAGAGUUCUACAGACAAAGUCAAUCGGAUUGGUAUACUAUGGGAGCGUUGUAUUGGCAGUUAAAUGACAUAUGGCAGGCGCCAUCUUGGUCUGGAAUUGAAUACGGCGGUAAAUGGAAAAUGCUUCAUUAUUUCGCAAAAACAUUCUUCGCUCCCGUCUUAGUGUCGCCACGUUUGAAGAUGACUAAUGACGUUGACAUCUAUUUAAUAAACGACAGAUUUGUACCAAUAAUUGAUGGUAAUAUAACGGUGGAUAUUUUCGAUUGGAGUAGUCUAGAACCAAUUAAGACACUCUCAUAUUCGGCGGCUGUAAAUCCACUAAGUAGUAAAAUACAAGCGACUUUGCCUUUAUGGGAUUUUAGCAAUAAGGAUCAUAUUUUACUCAGAUUCAGUCUCAAUGCUGAAGGCGUGUCAUCUCCUUAUAAUUAUUUAUUCCCUGUACCAUUAAAGGACGCCACUGGUAUUGCCAUACCUAAAAUAAAUAUUUCAGUUAAAGCCAAUAAAAGAAGUACGAAAAAACUAGGAAAUGAAUUUAUAGUAACAAUUAAUGUUGACACAAUUAUUCUAUUUCUAUGGCUGGAAACAGAUAAUAUCGACGGCCAUUUUGAAGACAACGGCUUCAUUAUGACAGAAAGGAGUUUAAACGUACGCUAUCAUACAAAAGAAGAAAUAACUAGUAAGGAUUUAGAGAAGGAUAUUAAAUAUCAAUAUUAUCAUAAUUAA